AUGAAUAUUGAAUUUUGGAAGACUUGCUCGAAGGUUGUGAAGAUUAGUGAGCCAUUUGUUCGUGUGUUAAGGAUGGUGGAUUCAGAAGAUACGCCUGCAAUGGGUUUCCUGCAUGAUAGCAUUAUUAAGGUAAAGGAUGCUGUGUCGAAUGUCUUCAACAGAAGGAAAAGAGACUAUGAACCUUACAUGAAAAUUAUCAACAGUAGGUUGGAUAAGCACUUCAAGAAAAACAUUCAUAUCAUGGGAUAUUGGUUGAAUCCUGCCAUACAGUAUAGUGAAGACAUGUCUAAGGAUCCUAGAAUCCAUUCUUGUGUCUUAGACAUUAUUGAAAAUGUUGCAGGAUAUAAUCAAACAUUGCAGGACAAGUUCAUGAAAGAGAAACAAACUUUUCAGGAAGCGCUGGAUUCAAUCAUAAUUACAUAUAUGCAUGUUAUUUAUUUAGUUGAAUGGUGGAGAAACUUCGUUUGUGCUACUCCAAAUCUUCAGAAAUUGGCAAUUAGAAUUCUCAGUCAAACUUGCAGUUCGUCGGGAUGUGAGAGGAACUGUGGUGUAUUUGAACACAUACAUUCCAAGAAAAGAAACAUACUAGAGCAUCAAAGGCUAAAUGAUUUGGUAUAUGUUCAUUAUAAUCUCCGUUUAAAGACGAGGAAUAUGACCAAAAAAACAUUCUAUGAUCCUAUAGAUUUUGAUGUAAUCGAUUUGACGGAGGAUUUGGUAGUAGACGAUGACCCUGACCAGAUUAAUGUUGAUGAGCUUGAAGCUAUAGCUUCUGAUUUGUGUUGUUUGACAGAUGAGGAUAAUGGAACUGCUGCUGGCGCGUGGAAUGAGCUUGAUGGUAAUGAUGAUAUGGAGUUGGGAAAUGAUAGGAUGUUUGAACUCCACGAUCUGAUUGAUGUCAGUUAUCAAGAUGUCGGUUUUGAAGAUAACCAUUUCAAUUUAAACGAUCCUCCUCGUUGA